GCAGCAUACCUGAGCCUCACUUCCUGUAAUGGCCACAGAGCAACAAGAAGAAGAAGAAGAGCCAAAACGACAGCUCUGGACCGUCGUCGACUCGCCUUGCGUGACAACACCAGGACCGCGUUCAGGCUUCGGGUUGCUCCUUUCCGACCAGCAACAUGUCCGACUUGCUGAGAUACAUCGACUAUGACCACAAGGCCACUUUCCUGAAGAUGCUGAACCAGCAGCGGAUGGAAGGUGAGCACUGCGACGUGGUGGUGGUGGUGGAGAACAUCGAGUUCCGGGCGCAUCGCUGUGUCCUGGCCGCCUGCAGCAACUACUUCAAGAAGCUUUUCAAGAAGCAGAACGAAGAGGACAACUCCAUUGUGGAGCUGGACUUCAUCCGCUCCGACAUCUUCGAGGAGGUGCUCAACUACAUGUACACAGCGCGGCUGGCGGUCCGGAAGAAGGACAUCAACAUGAUGAUGUCGUCCGGCCAGAUCCUGGGCAUCAACUUCCUGGAUAACCUUUGCACGCAGAAGCGCGAGCUGACCAACAUGAAAACCCGCGAGAACCAGGCGCCCGGAGACCACGGCAUGCGGGCUCAGGACGCCAUCCUGAAGGAGCUGGCCAUGGAGGAGGUGCGCAAGAACAGCUUCUACGACCAGGGCAUGGAUGGCAUGGGCGCCGGCGGCUCGCAUGUGGCACCCGCGCACAACUACAACACCAGCCUGGGCAAAGAGCAGCACAACCACGGCUGGGGCUCGUCCACCUCCAGCGACAUGAAGCUGGAGUACCUGCUGUACGGGCACCGGGAUCACGGCACCUGUCAGACGCCCGCCGCCAAGCCCAUGGACCACACCGCCAAGAAGGAGCGGCUGCUGACCGCCAACCGCCCCUAUGGCUGUGAGCACUGCCCCAAAGCCUUCACCACCGCCGCACACCUCAAAGAGCACCUGAAGAUCCACUCGGGCUUCAAGCCGCACCGCUGCGUGGUCUGCGGCAAGGCCUUCAUCCGCGGCCCGGACCUGAAGCGCCACGAGCGGGUGCACAGCAACGAGAGACCCUUCGCCUGCCAGCUCUGCGAAAAGGCCUUCAAGCACAAGUCGCACCUGAAGGACCACGAGCGGCAGCACCGCGGCGAGCGGCCCUUCAACUGCGGCUCCUGCGAGAAGGCCUUCAUCAAAGCCUCGGACCUGAAGCGCCACUGGAACACCAUGCACAGCGGGAACCCUCGCAGACAGAUGUCGCUGUCGCCCGCCGCCUCCCACGCGCCGGUGGACACCGGCGACCAGAGGGACUGGAAGCUGGAGACCGGGCCGCACUCGCACGCCUCCGGAGACUGCUGAGGCUCCGCCUCUCACGGACCAUGAGCGUGUUUGCGGCCGGCGCGGCGCCCAGAGCUGGGCGCAGAAAGGCCACGAUGGAGUUGUUUUUUUUUUUCACCUGUAAAAUCUUGUAAAUGUUUAGUUCACUCGACUAUAUUUUCACAACUUUCGGUGCGACAGCAUCAGGACGGCGGAGCGUGCGGGUGCCAAACAAAAAGGUUUUUAAUUCUCUGGAAUUAAACUUGAAUCAAAGGCGGCGACGAUCCUUGUGUUGCCCGACUAUCCUGAGUAUUAAGGUACCGAUGCUUCCAUUUUUUUAUUUUUUUUUUAAGUUUCUUCAUUUACUCGCUCCGGGUUUCCUCCCGCCGACCCGCCGCCGUCCCCUCAGACUCCAGGGUUUUUUAAGGACAAGAUUAAGUUGGACUUUUCACGGGAACUGACUGUCUGUUUGUGACUUGCGAAGCGAAUAGAGGAGUCGUGGCGCCAGAGUGGUGGAACCAUAGUCAUGUGGAUGUUUUUAAAUGGACGUGUGUAGUUGUGUUGAUAUUUACACUGUAAGAGUUUUUGCAUUUGACACGGAUGAAACCAAAGUCUUGGGCGUCGGCGCCCAAGCGAGCGGCCGACUAGAUUUACUGUUAUACAGUAAGCAUCUUCAGCUACGGACAGUCAGCGACCCACCUUUGUAAAUACUGUAGUUUAGUUUGUUGCACAACUAGAGAACACAAUAACGAUUUAUGCACAUAUAUAUAUAUAUGGCGUUGUCCUUCUCCCACACUUUGACAAUAAACACCGUCUGCUGUGUUUUAGAGGCCGUGCCGAGUUUUGUGUCUGCCGGUGCCAUAACAUUAUGUCCUUUCAAAGCUGCUGUGUGGGCGCGCGGUCACUUGACAUGACAGGAAGUCACAUGACUCUUAUCACGGCAGAGCUGCGUAGGUGGUCAUAAUGCAGCAGCUUGUUGGUGCUCAAAAGGCUGUUUUUAAAUUCUAAUUUAAACGUAUUUUUAUUAAAAAAAGGUUUUGAUUGGGUUAUAAAUGUAUAGAUAAUAAUAUGAAUCACAGAUCAAUAAGUCGGAGGGCAGCGCGGUGGAGCAGUGUUCAGUGCUGCAGACUCUCAAGUUUGAGUCCUGAUAGUCGACAGGGUUUGGACCAGUGUGGAGGUUCUUUUCAUGGUUGCCUCUGUCCCAAAACCUUCAUGACCCGCAGGUGGGCGUGGUCAUCCUUCUAUAUGGGUAUUGUCGCCCCUCCUGGCCUCCCCAGUGUGACCCCAUGUAGGGAGUCAGUGGCAUGGAAAUAAGCGUAAAUAUUCAAAAGAAAAUAUGGAAAAAGAUCCAAGCCAAUAUUCACAAUUAGGAGCGGACAAACCUCUGGAUCAGCUGCUGAAUGUAGAAAAAGUUUGCAAAGGACAAGUCAAAUUUGGAGAAGCCCUCAGAGAGCACAGACCUCUGCCAAGCAGCUUCAGUGCUGCAAGUAUUCCUGGAUCCAGGUGGGGAUCCGGAUCUCUCCCUAAACGAACUUGUGUGUCCAGUGUCCCAUGCCACGUAUUUCCUGCUAAUGUCCAGUUAUUUUGAACACAGACAAACCAACGCCAUCGGAAAGUCGACCUCUUCUGUGGAGGUCAUUUCUUCAGAAGUGGGUUCAUGACCCAGGAAAGAAACGAGACUCUCGGCUCAUAAAAUUGAAAAUCUAAUUUCUUGAAAAAUAUUUAUGUAAAGAUAAAAUGCUGCAACAAAAAUUUCAAUAAAAAGUUGAUGGAUAUACUCAAUUAAGCUGAAUUUUACAAAAAAUAACGAAAUAUAAACAAAUGAAAAAAGUCAAAUUUGAAUUCAGCAUUAAAAAAAAGGAGUCAACAUAUGUCUUUAAAAUCAUCUUAAACACUUGGUUAAAUAGAAGCUUCAUCGUAUAUAAGGUUGUUGAUAUUAACAUGUGGUGACCAGCAGAAGUGGCAUCUGAGACCUGAUCCGUUGAAAAUGAGCCGCUGAAGUGGCGUUAACACACAGAAGUGUUGGUCCAACUCGUGUGGUCCGGUGUGCAGUGAGAGCGUGCGUGUGCGUGCCUGGAUGCCGUGACUGCCUGUGCGUGUGCAGAGCCGUGGGAUUUGAAGCAGAGCUUAUUGUGUGCGAGUGUGUGUGCGCAUCUAAGCCCAUUAAUAUGUGUGUGCACGCAUGUGUGUGCAGCCCGGGGGCGGGGGUUGGUCAUGCGUGUGGAUCCAGCCGUGCCCGUGUGUGUGUGCGCGCACAUAUGUGAGUGACAGGCGGGGGG